GCAUUUUCGACGCGCCAGGAUCUGGUUGAGUCAUGCCAUUUCCGACCUCUCCGGGCCUGUGUCUCACCAGACGACCAGAGAAGACAAUCAAAGAUUCCCGGUCUCAUCUCAUCAGGACCUGUUUAUUACUAUCGUGAUUGACGCCUGUCUUAAAGUGUGCUGUCUGCGAGCAUGAGCUCUUUACAAUAAAUUGUUUCCACGAGAGCAUUGUCUGAGCGACGACACAUCCCCCAAUGCAACGACUCUCUUGCCAAUUCAAACCGUUGAUAGCAAUCGAAAACCUCAACGCCCUCAAGUUCAAGUCACAAUUUUUUCAAUCUUCCACUCCGGUGUUGCUUCGUAACACCGUCCAACCCCGCAUCAACGCCAUCGAUAAGUGGUUCGAUGGCAAUGGCAAGCUGGACAUUGGCUACCUGGGGAAAUAUAGCUCAACUAUUGUUCCGCUGGAGCAUACGGUGAAGUCUCAGGAUGGCUCAGGGACCGUUGAAUUCCGCCGGCAAAAUGUCCCUUUGGAUUUAUUCUUGAAAUGGGUGGAUAUGAAGCAAUCUGCUGCAGAAGGUCAUGAUUCCAACUUGUACCUGGCGCAAGCCUCUCUCGACGAGCUCCCCGGGCCGCUUAUUCAUGACCUACCGCUCCCCGAGCUAGUUCAAAAAGCCGGGAAAGGUGACGUCUAUGGGUCAAGUCUUUGGAUGGGCUACCCACCGACUGUGACGCCCUUGCACCGUGACCCAAAUCCAAACUUGCUGGUGCAAUUGGCGGGAGAGAAGCAGAUCAGAAUGAUCGCACCAGAUGAUGGAAAGCAGGUGUUUCAGGAGGUGAAGAUGAGAGUCGGAAGACAAGGUAUCGGGAGGAUGCGAGGAGUGGAGAUGAUGGGCGGGGAGGAGAGGAGAGUAGCAGAGGACUUGAUUUGGGGUGAGAAGCAAGGAGAAGAGCUGGUUCAUGGAGUUGAGGCGUGCCUUUAUCCAGGUGAUGCUGUGUUUAUUCCUCUGAGUUGGUGGCACGCCGUACGAGGGGUAGGAGGCAAAAUAUCGGCAUCAGUAGGUAUCACAUUUCUUAUUGUCAUCGGAUCCAGCUAACUAUUAAAAGGUGAAUUGGUGGUUUCGCUGAAAUAUACAGGGGGAGGCAUCCGCUCCAUGUCCACACGUCCUC